AUGGACAACUCACUUCUACAUCACCUCCCGGACGAGCUACUUGAAGCCAUCGCCUCGCUGCUGCCACCCGCCGACACUCUAGCGUUCGGUUCGACCUGCAGGCGUGGCAAUAAGAUCGCAUACGAGCAUCUGAUAUGGCGCGCUCACUGCGUGCUAGGAUGGCAGUACUGGGAACCGAAGCACGAGCUGGAAGAGAAAUUGAAGCAACCGCCAGUUGCCACUCAAUGGCGGAAGCUGUACAAUGAACGCAGCAAGACGGACAAGAAGGCGCUUGAUACAUUCGAGGAGAUGUUGAGCACACAGCAGCACAGGUUCCAGCGGAUGGAGGAGAUCAAUGCGGUCGGUUAUGAUGCAAAGGACGUGUUGCUUAACCUAAGGAAUAACACGCCGGACGAUGCGGAGGAUGUACUGGCCCGGCGAUGGCAUGCAGAUGCUGUGCUGGGUCAGAUACACCGGAGAACGGCUAUUGGGAAGUGGCGGAGAUUGCAGAGGAGGCAGAUGGUACGGCUGGAAGAAGUGCUGGGAUCGUUUGAUCUGUUCGUGUUAGGAGGGUCGAAAGGCGACUUGAAUGAGCUUGAUCAAGAGUUCGACCGUCUGGCGGAAGCUGUACGGCAUGAGUACGAUGGCUUCGAUGAUAUGAGCAUUCGCGACAAGGCUACGCAUGUGGCGGACUACCUGAGGAAGCAGCAAUUGGUCGGCAAUCCGGACAUUGAGAACUAUCACGCCUUGCGCAACAACUUCCUCAGCAUGGCACUGUUCGACGAAGUACACACUAGCCUUCCGUUGCAGUCUGUCGCUAUCUACUGUGCUGUGGCGAGGAGAUUGGGGGUCAAUGCGAAGCCGUCAAACUAUCCGGAACAUGUGCAUGCUGUGGUGGAGGCGCCUUCGGACGUGAGCCUUGACGGCAGGUCAAGGGUGGCCAUCCCGGAUGCGGAGCCGGAACUCAUGUUCAUGGAUCCGUGGCGCCAAAGUGAGGAGGUCCCACAAGAUCAGCUCACACUGCGUCUUUCACAAAUGGGCGUGCCACCUACCCAACAUGGUUCUCACCUCGGCGCUGGCAGCAAUCUUGCCAUUGCACUGCGAACAGGCCGCAAUAUCAUGUACUCGGUUCAAGACGCUCGAGACCGCCAACGAGGAACAACCCGCCGAUCCAGCCACCCCGACCCAGAGUUGGCAUGGUACAGCAUGCUCUGGUCAAUGAUGGUCCUCGGCGACCCAGAUCCAGCAGCCGCACUUGUUCGCCGUCGACAGUGCCUGCCAUACCUCGCCGAGCACUUCCAACAGCAUUACCCAUGGGACAUCGGCUUCGUCGAGAACAUCAUCGUCCCAAUGUUCGAUGGUGAUCGGGAGUUGCAUGUAUUGAUGCACAUGAUCACUACUCACCGUGCUGGCGACCGGAACGCUAAGGCGCCCUGCCCAAGGGACAGUGACGAGAAGAAUAAUGAUGUGAAGUUCAAGGUUGGCCAGCACUUCCAGCACAAGAGAUAUGGGUACGAGGGAUUUAUCAUUGGGUGGGAUCACAAGUGCUCUGCCGAACCCAGGUGGAUCCAGCAGAUGCGUGUGGAUGAUUUGCCGAGGGGAAGGGAACAGCCGUUCUACAAUGUUGUAGCGGACGACAAGAGCCAGCGGUACGUCGCCGAGGAGAAUAUCUCGCGCAUGUACAUGAAGCCGGGCGACAACAUGAUGCAGCUUGCUGGGAGAUAUUUCAAGCGUUGGGACGAUGACAACAAGGCCUUCGUUUCUAACUUGAGGGAUGAGUACCCUGAUGAUUGA